AUGAUUACUUCAGUGUUCUUUCCGUCUGUAUACUUUGCCUCACACUCUAUGUCGAGCAAGAAAUGGCCUUUUGUGAGGUUAUUUUACAGUCGUUCGAAUAAAGAGGCUUUAAUGGAACUUGAAUAUGGAAAAAUGAGCAACAACAGAACUCGCCGCUCUCCCUUCGACUCAUAUCAGCCAAAGUCGUACGGUGAGGAGGUUACUGGUAUGCCGCUCGAAACAGAAUGUCCUGGAUGCUGCAUACCUGGUCCGCCUGGACCUCGUGGUCCGUCAGGAGCUCCCGGGAAGCCAGGUACACCUGGACAAGCUGGGAAGCCCGGAAUACCGGGAACAACUCCAAAUCAAACUUGCCCGAUGAAUAUCAACCGCGAACCACCGCCAUGUCGACCAUGUCCAAAAGGACCACCUGGAAUCAAGGGUUGGCCCGGAUUCCCAGGCGACGUUGGGCCUCCAGGCCCACCUGGAGAGAAAGGUCUCGAUGGUGAAGAUGGAGCUCCUGGAGAGCCUGGACCGCCGGGUCCAGCGGGAUAUAAGGGAGGACCUGGAGCUCCUGGAGAAAAAGGCCCAACACCUGAAGGAGAACUGAGAGAAGGACCACCGGGAGAUGAAGGGGCACCUGGACCAAUGGGAGCAAGCGGAAUGCCUGGACUACCUGGUAGAAAUGGCUUGACAGGACCUCAGGGAGAGAGAGGUUGGCCAGGAAUUCCUGGUGAGCCGGGAGAGGCCGGUUAUCCAGGACCAGAAGGUCCGAUGGGAGGACAAGGGCCACCAGGAGAGCCGGGAGUCUGUGUGUGUCAGAAUGUGGACUCGAUCUUACUCGUAAAUCCUGGUUCGCAACCAAGAAUCCAAACGGAAAUCUAUGAAAACUAUGAAGGCAACUCAGCUGCGGCAGGUGCUCCUGGAUAUGGUAAACGAUAG